AUGAAGAUCUUGACUGAAAGAGGUUACUCAUUCACCACAACUGCUGAAAGAAAAAUUGUCAGAGACAUUAAAGAAAUACUCUGUUACUUUGCUCUUGACUUCAACGAAGAAAUGCAAAAGGCUGCCUCAUCAUCAGAACUCGAGAAGUCGUACGAACUUCCAGAUGGUCAAGUCAUCACCAUUGGCAAUGAGAGAUUCAGAUGCCCAGAAACACUCUUCCAGCCAUCAUUCCUUGGUAUGGAAGCAUCAGGUAUCCACGAGACUACUUACAACUCAAUCAUGAAGUGCGAUGUCGAUAUCAGAAAGGACUUGUACGGAAACAUCGUCUUGUCUGGUGGAACCUCUAUGUACCCAUGCAUCAAUGACAGACUUGAGAAGGAGAUGGUUGCUCUUGCACCACCAACAAUGAAGAUCAAGGUCAUUGCACCACCAGAGAGAAAGUACUCUGUCUGGAUUGGAGGCUCAAUUCUUGCUUCAUUGUCCACUUUCCAGAACAUGUGGAUCACCAAGAAAGAGUACGACGGGUCUGGACCAGCCAUCGUCCACAGAAAGUGCUUCUAA